CGCGGUGGCAGGUGCGUUUUUCGUCGUCGAUUUCCUCGGACUCACGUCGUCCUGUCGGCGUCCGAAAAUGCGUGCCUCCUGUGCGUUCGUCGUACUCUUGGCGUUUGCCGUGGCCACGGCGGAGGUGUAUCUCGACGAGAAGUUCAACGAUGAUUCCUGGGAAAAUAAUUGGGUUUAUUCCGAGCAUCCUGGUAAGGAAUUCGGAAAGUUUGUUUUAAGUUACGGAAAGUUCUGGAACGAUCAAGAAAAUGAUAAAGGUAUCCAGACGUCACAAGACGCAAGGUUUUACGCUCUCAGUAGGAAGUUUACUCCAUUUAGUAAUAAAGAUAAGACCCUUGUUAUUCAAUUUACUGUAAAGCAUGAACAGAACAUUGAUUGCGGAGGUGGAUAUGUUAAAGUAUUUGACUGUUCUCUUGAUCAGAAAGAUAUGCAUGGUGAAAGUCCUUAUCAGAUUAUGUUUGGACCGGAUAUCUGUGGACCUGGAACCAAAAAGGUUCAUGUAAUCUUUAGCUACAAAGGAAAGAAUCUUCUAAUCAACAAAGAUAUCCGUUGCAAGGAUGAUAUUUACACGCAUUUGUAUACUCUGGUUGUCAAACCUGAUAACACCUACCAGGUACUUAUUGAUAACGAAGAAGUUGAAACUGGCGAAUUAGAGGCAGAUUGGAGUUUCCUCCCUCCGAAAAAUAUUAAGGAUCCAUCUCAAACCAAGCCCGCUGACUGGGAUGACAAACCCAGCAUCGAUGAUCCCAAUGAUAAGAAGCCUGAAGAUUGGGAUAAGCCCGAGCACAUUCCUGAUCCCGAAGCAACUAAACCAGAAGAUUGGGAUGAUGAAAUGGACGGCGAAUGGGAAGCGCCCAUGAUUGACAAUCCUGAUUAUAAGGGUGAAUGGAAACCGAAACAAAUCGAGAAUCCCAACUAUAAAGGACCAUGGAUCCAUCCUGAGAUUGAUAACCCCGAAUACACGCCCGACCCCGAAUUGUACAAGCGCGAUGAGAUCUGCGCUAUUGGUUUUGAUUUGUGGCAAGUUAAAUCCGGUACCGUUUUCGAUAACGUUUUGAUCACCGAUGAUCUGGAGGUCGCGCGUAAAUUUGGCGAAGAUGUCUGGAAAAGCACUUUUGAAGGUGAAAAGAAGAUGAAGGAUACGCAGGAUGAGGAGGAAAGGAAACGGAGAGAUUUAGAGGCCAAGGAAAACGAAGAUAACAAGGAUGAUGAGGACGAUGAAGAUGCAGAUGAGGAAGAGCACACUCAUUCAGAUAACGAAUCGCAUGACGAAUUGUAAAUAAAUGUGUCGCGUAUGGACACAAACACAGACUGUAUUCCAGGAGCUACGUGGUCGCGACACGCACUAAAUUCUCCCACAGGCACAAAAUUGUAAUCU